GCUCACGAUAGUGCAGGAAGUAGGGCCCCUCUACCUCGUCGCGGCCGUGUGUCAUCAUCCUAACGAAGCAGACAACCUUUGCUUGUAUUUUUUUACAUAGCCGGCCCCUUAAGUGGGCAUGGCGCGCUGUUGCAUAGAUAACGUUAACGGCUAUAGGCCUUUGUGCGCAUCUGGCUUCGGUAGGGUAGUAGUUGGAAUCCGUCUGAGCUCUCCUAUAUCUUGCGCGCAGUCUUGCUCGCCACCCACAUGCUCUUGGCCCAGCCUUCUUACAGCUCCACAGCGAUGGCCUUGUUCAGGCCGGCGCGUGGCUACCUUUUCACAUCUGCGCUCGGCAUCUCGUGGGCAAAGCGGGUCAUCGUCGCCUUCUCGAGAAGAUGCCACGGACUCCCAGCCGUCUGCAGCCCCCAGCAACCACGCACAACAGCAAACGGAGCCCCAAGAUCCACCUAACGCAGAAACACCUCCCGCCUCACCAGCACAAUCAUCCCCACCAUCCUCUGCGGCCGAUAACAGCGACUACUCCAGGCCGCAGCCGCCCAGCCAGCGGCGCCAACAGCAGCGGUUCGGCAGCCGCAGCAGCCUGCUUGCCUGGCUCGCUCGCGUCCUCGCGCACCCGCAAGCGCAAUUGCCGCUCCGCAUCGCCUUCAACGUAUCGAUGCUGCUGGUGCUGAUGCGGCUGUGGCCGGGCGGCCGGGGCCUUAUGGGCGAUGGCUCCGAUGAAUCGCCCAUUAAGUUGCCGUACUCGGAAUUCGUGCGCUCCUCCAAGACCAACCAGGUGGAUGUGGUCAUCCUGGACGGCCCCAAGGUCUACUUCACGCUGCGACCAGACAGCCCCAUCCUGCAGCUCCGCAGGAACAAGCAGCAGCAACAGCAGCAGCAGGGUCAGAAGCAGGCACAGGGACAGCUGCAGCAGCAACAGCAGCAGCAACAGGAGCAGGCAGCUGCUGCUGCCGCUGCAGCCGCCAGUGCGGCCCCAGGUGCCCCAGUGCUGGUGAAGGUGACACCUCAGCAGCCUGGGAGCAGUGCGGUCGUUGCACCCUCAUUGCCCUCCGCUUCUUCCGCCUCCUCCUUGCCGUCCCAUGGGUCGGCGCCCGACCAGCAGCAGCAGCAGGCUGUUAGCAGAAGCGGUGGUGGGGGCUCCUGGCGCGGUUGGCUGCCGCUGCAGCGCGGGAGGGGCAGAGGGGGCCACGGGGAGCACGCAGCCACAUCCACCCCCAUCCCAACAGCUGCUGCUGCUCCCUCUGCUGCUGGUGGUGGUGGUGGUGCGGCUACUGCGGCGGCUCCUGCCUUGCAGCAACAAGAGGCUGUAGCAGCAGGGGCAGCAUCACCAGCAGCAGCUGUAGCAGCGAGUACGACAGGGGCGGAUCAGGAGCGACGAGCCACUAACGCCGCAGCUAGCACCAGUGCACCCUCCUCCUCUUCCUCCGCUUCCUCCUCGCUUAUCUUUUACUCCAUACGCCCCGACGACUAUCCCAUGCCGUACGACGUCCUAGAAUCCAAUGCCGUACCCAUAACCGCGUACGAACGCCGAGACAGCAGCGGCAACGGUAUUCUAACCGUUUUGAGCUAUGUGGUGGUCGCAUUCCUCGUACUGUCCACCCUGAGCCGCCUGCUAGGUCGGCCGGACACCCGGGGGCCAGGCAGGCGGCACCGGCCAUCUGGGUCGCCGUCGUUUCCAUUUGGGUCGGC